AACAAACAUCCUUCAGAAAGAUUUCGGAAAACAAUCUUCAGUGUGAAUCGAAAAUGUAUGUAAUAAAAUAAGACUUGAUGAUACUUCUGCUUGAAAGCCGCACAGUUUGACCUUGUGAAGGUCAUUGAAGUAGUUUAUGGUAAAUAUUUGUUUUAAAUUAAUUUUGAGGCUCGAUUCAGCCAUUAAGAGUCAUAAACAAAUAUUGAAAAGAGACGUGGUUUAUUAAAGUUAUCUUCAAUGAAGAUAUUUUAGACUUUGGUCUUUGUGAAGUAAAUGAAUCUGUGCUCCUUCCUUCCAGUCUGUUAUGCUCGAGAGGUGGUUUGACGCAAGGAUUGACGGGUCACGGACUCUAGCAAAGCCAAAAUCUGUCAAUGUUCGGUAAAUAUUAAUUUUCAAGUUUCAACCAACUACAGCUGAAACGGGCUCAGAACCGUUCACCAUGUCUAAGAUCGGAAUCAACGGCUUUGGGCGUAUCGGCCGCCUGGUGCUGAGGGUGGCUGUCGAAAAGGGUGCUCAGGUCGUUGCCAUCAACGAUCCGUUCAUCACUCUGGACUACAUGAUCUACAUGUUCAAGUACGACUCCACCCACAGCCGCUUCAAGGGAGAGGUCAAGAUCGACGGCGAGUACCUUGUCGUGAACGGAAUGCGCAUCGCCGUGUUCAACGAGAUGAAGCCGACCGAGAUUCCGUGGUCGAAGGCGGGCGCCGAGUACGUGGUCGAGUCCACCGGCGUGUUCACCACCGUCGAGAAGGCCAGCGCGCACCUGGAGGGCGGCGCCAAAAAGGUGGUCAUCUCGGCGCCCUCGGCCGACGCGCCCAUGUUCGUCGUCGGCGUCAACCUGGACGCCUACAAGCCCGACAUGAAGGUGGUAUCGAACGCCUCGUGCACGACCAACUGCCUGGCGCCGCUGGCCAAGGUGAUCCACGACAACUUCACCAUCGUGGAGGGCCUGAUGACCACCGUGCACUCGACCACGGCCACCCAGAAGACGGUGGACGGGCCCAGCGGAAAGAGCUGGCGUGACGGCCGCGGCGCUGGCCAGAAUAUCAUCCCGGCGGCCACCGGCGCCGCCAAGGCCGUCGGCAAGGUGAUCCCCGACCUGAACGGCAAGCUGACCGGCAUGGCGUUCCGCGUGCCCACGCCGGAUGUCUCGGUGGUGGACCUGACGUGCCGGCUCGGCCAGGAGGCCACUAUGGACGACAUCAAGGCCAAGAUCCGCGCGGCCGCAGAGGGGCCGCUCAAGGGCAUCCUGGGAUACACCGAGGACGAGGUGGUGUCCCAGGACUUCCUCGGCGACUCCCACUCGAGCAUCUUUGACGCCAAGGCCUGCAUCCAGCUGAGCGGCACGUUCGUGAAGCUCAUCUCUUGGUACGACAACGAGUGGGGCUACUCCAACCGUGUGGUGGACCUCAUCAAGUUCAUGCAGACCAAGGACAAGUAAGCCGCAGACGGGCGAGCAAGCGACUGCGACCCUCUGCAUCUAACACCUGUGCGUUGGACGCUAUCUAACACUCGGUGUGGUAGCUUAGUGUUAACUAACACAUUUUAGGACGGUUGCGGUGCAUGGACUAAUGCUUCAUAGACAGUAGUUGUGUUAAAUUGAUGAUGUUGGUUAAUAUAGGAUUCUGUUGAA